CCAAUGUCCUCAAGGACUGCUGCGCUGGCACACGAUGCCACUUAAUGAUUAACUGGUCUCCUCUCUAUGAGUCAUUUCUGUUCCCUGGGUAAAGUUUUCGCCUAGUUCUUUCAGUUGCCUUUUUCUUCCUGAAGGCUGGAGACCACUUGACAGGCUCUCCUUCCCUGACCUCGGGUGACCAAGUUUUAAAGUCUCGCUUCUAGAAAUCUCUAGUAAACCUUGGCCCUUCCGCGUGGGAACAGGAAGUGAGCGCACUCCCCGGGCAGCGGGGUGGAGGCUCCGAAGAAAGCAAAAGCUCCCGGUGGGGCGCCGCACACCUCGUCCGCGGGGUGCUCGCCGGAGCUGGGAACUGUGAGACGCGGUGCAGGGCGGCAGAGCAGGGACUCGGCGGACAGGUUGCCGCUCUCCUACCCCUUGACAAGAAUGGAUUUCAACAGCUGUCUUUACCAAAUUGCUGAAAACCUGGGCAGUGAAGAACUGGCUGCCCUCAAGUUUCUGUGCUUGGACCACAUCCCGCAGAAGAAGCAGGAGCCCAUCAACGAUGCUCUGAUGCUCUUUCAGAGGCUUCAGGAGAAGAGCAUGUUGGAGGAAGGCAACCUAUCCUUCCUGAAGGAGCUGCUUUUCCGCAUCAAUCGCCUGGACCUCCUGACCAAUGUCCUAAACAGCAGCAAGGACGAGAUGGUGAAGGUUCUGGACAAAGCCCAGGUUUCUGCCUACAGGGUCAUGCUCUUUAAGCUCUCAGAAGAAGUGGACAAGUCGGCAUUGAAAGAAUUUAAGUUUCUUUUGAACGAAAAGAUCCCCAAAUGUAAGCUGCAGGAUGACUCGAGCCUGCUGGAUAUUUUCAUAGAAAUGGAGAAGAGGGUCAUCCUGGCUGAAGGAAACUUGGACACACUGAAAUCCAUCUGUAAACGGGUCAACAUGAGCCUGCUGGGAAAGAUUGAGAACUACGAGGAGCUCUCGAGCACAGAGAGAAGAAUGAGCCUUGAAGGAAGGGCGGGCUCUCGACAUCUGCCUGCCUCUGUCUUGAGCGAGAUGUGUUACAGAAUGCAGGAAAUGUGGGACUCCCCAAGAGAACAAGACAGUGAGUCCCAGACAUCAGACAAAGCUUACCAAAUGAAGAGCAAACCUCGGGGAUACUGUCUGAUUUUCAACAAUAAUGAUUUCAGUAAGGCGCGGGAGACCGUACCCAAGCUGCACACAAUGAAGGACAGAAAAGGAACACACUGCGAUGAAGAGGCUUUGACUGAGACCUUUAAGGAGCUUCAUUUUGAGAUAAAGUCUUACAGAGACCACACAGCGAAUGAAAUCCGUGAGGUUCUAAGAUCCUACCAAAGUCUGGACCAUACGAACAAAGACUGCUUCGUCUGCUGUAUCCUCUCCCAUGGAGACAAGGGCAUCAUCUACGGCACUGAUGGGAAGGAAGCCUCCAUCCACGAGCUGACAUCGUAUUUCACUGGUUUAAAGUGCCCUUCCCUAGCUGGAAAACCCAAAAUCUUUUUUAUUCAGGCUUGUCAAGGGGAUAGCUACCAGAAAGCUGUGCCCAUUGAAACAGACUCGCAACAGGAUGACGAUUAUUUUGAAAUGGACUCGUCUCUCAGGAAUUAUAUUCCAAAUGAGGCCGACUUUCUGCUGGGGAUGGCUACCGUGAAAAACUGUGUUUCCUACCGAGAUCCCAUGCAUGGAACCUGGUAUAUCCAGUCACUUUGCCAGAGCCUAAGGAAAAGAUGUCCUCAAGGCCACGAUAUUCUCAGCAUCCUGAUUGGCGUGAACUAUGACGUGAGCACUAAAGAUGACAAGAGAAACAUGGGAAAGCAGAUGCCGCAGCCCACCUUCACACUGCGGAAGAAGCUCUUUUUCCCACCCAACUGAUGCGUAGGCCCAGGGCUGACAGCCGUGUACCUUUGGUGGGGGGAGGUGAUUUUUAAUUUAUUUUUUAAAAGGAUUUUUGUGUUUUUUUUUUUUAAUUUAUAGUUAUAUCAUUUCCUCCUUCCCUUUCCUCCCUUCAAACUCUGUCACGUACCCCUCUUUGCUCUCUUUCAAAUUCAUGACCUCUUUUUAUUAUUAUUAUUAUUAAUGUUACGUGCAGGCGUGUGCCUGUUCAGUCUGUAUACUGUUACUUGGAUGUAUGUUUUUACGGCUGGCCAUUUGAUACUGACUGACUAACUGGUGUGCUUUUCCAUCUCUCCCCUUCUCAACACUCCUUAGUUAUCUGUACUUCUUUGGAUAAGCUUUAGGUGUGUUUUCAUUUCUUUUAAAUUCCCCUUUAAUUCCAAGCAAAAUCUCUGGCAGUUCUAAGUAAGGUAGGGAACACUGGAGCAAAGCAAGGCGGUGGUCUAGCUCUGCUGCCUUCCACUCACUAGCGCAAUGUUUUUUUGACAGAGCAUUCAAUUUCUGUAAACAUUAGGCUCCAUGUCUGUAAGGUGGGAGCGCAAAAAUUCUUUAAUCAAUGAAGCGCUUAAUGAGGCAUGGUAUGUGCUAAAUGCUCAUGUCCUAUCUCAAAUGCACAUUUGCCAUUCUUUUUUUUUU